UUCGCACCCCCUGCCCCGGUUGGCCAGGACGGGAACGUGAUCGACACACCGGAAGUGGCCCAAGCGAAGGCCGCCCACUUCGCAGAAUUCGCCAGGGCUGCAGCCAGAGCUGCCGAGGAAGCCAAGAAUCAACCCCAAUCAGCCGAAUUCAACCCUCAGGUGCCGGCCCAGGCCUACAACUUCCCCUCUGUGCAACCCACCUCUCCCAAUUUUCUCAGACCACAGAGUUAUCAGUCUCCUGCACCUAUCUACCAAUCUGCUCCAGCAAUGAAAAUUCCAGUUCCAGCAUCGACGUACAACCAACCGAAUCCAGUGGCCUAUCAACCGCAGUAUACCGGAAAUUCGAACUUUGUCGGACAGCAAAGUUAUGCUGCCAACGUAAAAUCCACCCCGUUCGUGCCUGCACCACUCGCGGAGGAUGGAACAGUAAUCGAUACACCGGAAGUGGCCGCUCUUAAAGCCGCUAGGUUGGCGGAGCUGGCCGAGGCCGAAGCCAGGGCGUAUAAGUUCGCACAGGAAUUCAAACCGGAAGUCCAAGGCCAAGCUUAUGCUGGCCCAGCUGCUGCACCAGCCCCAUACAACGCUGGUCAAUACAAUUCUGCCGCGGCGCGAGUAUUUCCUGGCGCAGCGCCCUCUUAUCCUGCAGCUCAACCUGCGUUUGGCAAGCCUGCUUUCCAACCCCAGAACUACCAAUCGCAGCAAUUAGUCGGAGCAUACUAA